AUGGGUUCGAAUACCCCCGAGGCUGCUGUGUUUUUCCCAACAAGAGAUCGUGGUGUGCUACGUAGAGCAGUUACCACAGCUGGACUUCCAGAAGACUCCUACAACCAGCUGGAAUCUGAUCCACACAGUGACCGCAGAGAUGGCGCGAGUGCGGUAAAUAGAAAAAAGGAGACAGGACAGAUGCCAGGCAGAAAUCCCUUGGAGGAAGACGAGCUCGACGCUCCAGCAAAUCCAGUUCUGGCUGCAGCUGUCGCCAGGUCCCUUUACGGAUCAGCUGCACCCUAUACCCAGGUUCGAGAGAAGGCACGGGAAGAACUAGAUGAUCUGAUAGGAAUCUCCCAACCCCGCCUAGAGGCUUCGACAGCCUGCAGGCAGGAGAGGCUGAGCCAGUUUUCAUCAGGUGUUGGUUUCGCUGGUCCAAGCCAAAAAGAUCGAAGCUCAAAACAGAAAUUCGAAAGCAUUCCACUGGCUGGUCUUUCUACUCAACGCCAUCGCAAUCACUCUUCCGCCCUGCCCACACCAUUGUUCCCCGAGGUCCUUCCGUCGACCGCCACCACCACCACAUCAGACGGGGCUUCUCACCACGUCGGUCAGUCCACCACCACUACAGAUCCCAAGGACUCAGAUCCCUUGCUCAAACAAGCAAAAGUCCAGUAUGUUUGA